AUGAUGAACAAUUCGACAUUUGGAUCAGCUCGGUUAAGGAUAAAACAGCCGGUAUAUACAUCUGAUAAGCGAGCCAAGUUUACGCAGAGGGAAAACAAAAAGUGGAUACGAUUUUGCACAGUUAUAGGUUAUAUAUUUUUUGUGUCGUUACCAGCAGCAUCACUGAGUGUUUAUUAUUUAUGGAUAUGGGAUCCUGAUUAUAUCAGUAGAGUAAGUGUAAUAUUUUCAUGAAG